CCGUGGCUGUUCAAACGAUUGCGCUUGGGGAAAAUGCAUACCGUUUGGUGCAGGUGUGUGACAAUGGUGGUGCUGUGCGUGCUAUUGGCAGCGUUCGUGUCAGGCCAGGUGACGUUCAGCCGGGACUGGUCCGGCGGGAAGAGAUCUCCAGCGGCAGUGUUCGACUGUGGACAGUUUGCUAGACUCUGCCGGCACUUUUUGCACGAGUUAAAACAAGAAAUGUCAGACGAUAAACUCAUCAAACACAGCCGACUCGAGCCCGAGGUUCAAGUGAAUUUCGAAGACGACAAAUAGUCAAUCCUCUCGAUUAGCAUAACUAAGUAACAUAACUAUAUACUGUACGUACGGUGUAACUUCAAAGAUCUGUAUCUAUAUAUUUAUCCAACAUUGAUUAUAAUAUGCUACGCAACUA